CAGACGCAACUUUUAUCAUAUUUUUAACAAAAAUAAUUAAUUCAAAGAAUAAUAUCUACGCUUUAAUAUUUUCGUCCGCUAAUUGUUGACAAAUUCAGACAAAAAUGACUUCCUUAUUGUUACUAAAGUCAAUGCUGUUUGCCAGUGUUUUACAGAAAAAUAAAAAGAAAAAGAAAAUAAAGAUUAAGAAACCAAUACCACCUUCAGUCAUUGACUUAAAACUAUGCAGGAUAUGUAAUUUAGGCAAAGGCGAGAUUCCAAUAUUUGAUAAUUGUACGCAACCUAACAUAUCAGAAGAAAUAAGAAACUUUUCCGGUGUAACAAUAAAUAAAACAGACAACUUACCUAAGCAUUUAUGUCAAAACUGCUUAGACCUUCUAAAUGGAUGUAUUGUGUUCAGAGAUAUGUGCCAAACAAAUAACAAAGUUUUGAUUGAACUUUCAAUCAAAAAAGAAGGAAGUUUUGAUGAAAGUAUUGAAGAGAGUGAUGACUCGUACAACAUUCCUUCACCAAACUUCUCAGAAGACAACUCAGAGAUCUGGGGGUGCACUUCAUGUAAUAAAGAAUUUUUUGACAUGGUUUCAUACAAUACUCACUUAAGCAGUUGUAAUAAGAGAACAUCAGACGGACAAAAAGAAGCUGAAGAUGGAAAUAAAAAGACAUUUUUGUGUGAUAUCUGUGGGAAGACUGCUCGCUCGAACGCUAACCUCCUUGUACAUAUGGGUAUUCACGAAAAUAUAUUCCCUUUCAAAUGUGACCAGUGUCCAUAUCAGGGACGGACGAUGGAUUUACUAAAAGUGCACAAACGAACCCACAUGGCAGACAAACCGUUCAAAUGCUCUCAGUGUCCGAAAUCCACAACAACUUCCAGUAAUCUCGCGAAACAUAUGCGACACGUACAUAGCACUACUAGACCAUAUAAGUGUACCUACUGUGAUAAAGCCUUUUCGUAUCAACAUGAUAUGAAAAGGCAUAUACGAGACAUACAUUUACGGCAAGGCACGGUUGAAUGUGACGUUUGUUUCAAGAAGUUUAACACCAAGAAAAUUUUACAAGGGCAUCGAUGGAAAAUUCAUAAAAUAAAAGGCGAACGACAUGGACGCUUGCCAUCUUAUUUGCAAUGUCAAUUAGACGAUGAUAAUGAGAAUAAGACUAAUGAGAGUGAACCGACAUAUUAAUAAAUAUUUUUUAUGAUUACUUAAAUAUAUUACUUAAUAAUAAAUAAUUUAUUACUUUCACUACAAUAAUAAUAAUAACUAUUUAUUCUGAUGUAGACAAUAUUUUUUUAUUUUUAUAUAAAAUUAUCAUUUAUAUUUCUGUAAUGGGCAUUAUAAUUUUUAAAUGAUUCUAUAAAUAAAAAGUUGUUUUGUUUUCUACUAAUUACCAUCGCAUUUUUACUAUGUAUCAUAAGCUUUAACCUUAUCGUCUAAAAGGCACUGGACUUAUUAUCUUAAGUGAGUAUUUUUAUAAGGACAGUAACCUUAAUAAUUGUUUAAUUAACGAUAUAUUUUUUCUCUUAAAUCAAUGUUAUAAAGUG